GUAUUCAAAGCCGUUCGUUGCUUGGUUCAAGAAGCUGCUUGUAGUUCAACAAUCAGGCUGAAUUCAUCAAACGUUGCUCUUUAGACAGUCUUCAGCAGUGAAACGUAGACAUGUCUCAGGAAAACUUGGCUGAGAAAAAAGUUGCGCCAAUGGAGUUUGAGGAAAAAGGCGAGAAGACAGAGCUUGUCGAUGGCAAGGCUCGUCACUUUGAUCCUGAAUUUAAGGGGCCGAUUAAAGACAGAUCCUGCACAGACAUUCCAUGUUGUUUGAUCUUCACGUUAUAUUUAAUUGGGAUGGUGGUUGUUGGAAUAAUUGCUUUCAAGGAGGGUGACUUGGAUAGACUCAUUUACCCUACUGAUUCCAAUGGCAAAACAUGUGGCAAGGAUGAGGGUCUUGUGGAUAAGAAGCAUUUGUUUUUCUUCGAUUUGACAAAAUGUUUGAAAAAAAAUUCUUUGUCUGAAUUCAGCAGCCUCUCGUGUCCCACGCCUCAGGUCUGUGUGGAAAAAUGCCCAGACACCAAUGGUUUUGUUGAGGGGAAUUACUCGCAGAUGGCAAAAGUGAAACUUGCAGACGCUAUUUGCGUGGAAGGUGUGAAACCGAAGAGCUUCGCAGAGCUGCAGCAACUAGUGGAAGAUAAUAAGUGUGCAAAUAUUUACAUUGAGAGUUCACCAGUACUCUAUCGUUGUUUACCAAAAGCCUUGGGUCUGGACAAAAUAAACGGCACUAAAUUAAAAGACAAUCUUGAAAAUGGAAUAAGUGGUCUCGGGUCGUUUAUGAAUGCUAAGAGUAUUGGAGUGAAGAUUUUUGAAGACCUAAAGAUGGUAUGGUACUGGAUACUGGGUUCUUUCAUUAUUUCCAUGAUUUUGUCGCUAAUUUGGAUAAUCAUUACACGGUGGAUAGCUUGGCCCAUGGUGUGGUUCUCUAUCUUAGCAGCGGUUGUACUUCUGAUUAUUGGCAUAUAUUUCUGCUACGAUAAGUACACUCGCCUCGAAGAUAAAGGAGAGGAUAAAAGCAUCGAGUGGAAAUUCACUACCAACCUUGAUGAUUUUACAAACAAUAAAAAGUUCUGGCUUGCAUCUGGUAUAAUCCUCACAAUUGUUCUUGUCGUUUUGUUGUUGAUUCUCCUGGUUUUAAGAAAGCGGAUAAACAUUGCUAUUGCUCUUAUAAAAGAAGCCAGCAGGGCCGUUGGUUCUAUGAUUUCUACCCUAUUCUUCCCGAUAAUCCCAUGGAUUUUGCAACUUAUCGUCUUCGCUUGGUUUGUGGCAGUUUCCUUAUUCCUUGUCAGUAAUGGUACUCCAAAGUUCGAACUUUUAAAAUAUGGAGCAAAUAGCACAAUGCAAAACACCACGUGUGAUCCUGAAAAGGACACCAAUAUAUCGGGAUAUGACUGCGUCUUGGUUGGCUAUGAUACAAACAAAAAUCUCAAUCGCUUGGCGGUAUACCAUUUCUUUGGUUGGCUUUGGUUAAUGAACUUUGUCAUCGCUCUUGGAGAAUGCGUUCUGGCCGGUGCUUUUGCAUCCUGGUAUUUUGCUUUCCACAAACCUGACGAUGUCCCAGCUUUACCAGUUUUAUCGGCAUUUGGCAGAACAUUGAGAUAUCAUACGGGAUCGCUUGCAUUUGGUGCAGCAAUUAUUGCCAUUGUGCAGUUCAUUAGAGCCAUACUGGAGUAUGUGGACCACAAAUUGAAAGAAUCAAACCAGGAUAAUGGCUUUGUUAAGUUUGUCAUGAAAUGUAUGAAAUGUUGUUUCUGGUGUUUGGAAAAAUGUUUAAGAUUCUUAAACAAGAAUGCAUACAUAGGAAUCGCAAUUUACGGCAAAAAUUUCUGCAAAGCUGCCAAGGACGCUUUCUUCCUGUUGUUGCGAAAUGCUUUAAGAGUCGCCGCAGUCAAUGGUGUCACAGCGUUCCUUCUCUUCAUCGGACGACUUUUUGUUGUUGGAAUAAUAGGCGUUGGUAGUUUUUACUGGUUCGACAGAUUCAUCAGCGAUGCGGAUGAUGUUCAGUUGUCGUAUUCUGUCGUGCCGAUUGUGGUGUGUGUGAUCGGUGCUUGGGUCGUUGCCGCCAUUUUCUUUGCUGUCUAUGAUAUGGCUAUUGAUACAAUAUUCUUCUGCUUCCUUGAAGACAGUGAAAGAAAUGACGGUAGUGCUGAGAAGCCCUAUUAUAUGAGUGAAAAUCUGCGUGAUAUUAUUGGAAAAUAAUCCUAAAGCGCGUUAACCUCUUUCGUUUUUGACUUAGAGACAAACUUUUAUAUAUUCAUACCUCAUUUGAGGCAAUAAGUUGCUAUAUUUUGUCAGAUAAAUGUCAAGCUAGUUAAUCGUAAUUGUGCAUAUUGUCAGUGAGAUAUUUUGUACUGUCAUAGUCAGGUUAUAGGGACCGCGUAUGCGUAUCCAGGUAGGUUUCUUGCCCCACCCUAUAAAAGUUUCUGUGUAUCAAUUUGUAACCUUUUCUGAUGCAAUGUGAGAAUCGGAUUACACGCCUGUGGCUCUGCAAGACUUAAUUCCAAAAUUUUUCAAAUGCGUCUCUCCUCCUAGAGAGCUCUGUCCUAAUUCCCUUAUCUAUCGCGGUUCCUGAUGUUGUCUGUGUUAAUUGUGAGCAUUAAACAUUAUACCGGUGGAACAAUUUUGUAGUUGGUUAAAAUAGGUAACGAAUUAUAUGCAUUAUUCAGAUCACUGCAUGGUAUUGAUCUGAUUUCUUGUUUGCUAUGAAACGGAUAGAUACCUCACUAAACCAACAGUCGUACUAUAUCAUUGUAAUAGUUUAUUAAAAAAGAGGAAAUUAAUUUACUACCACUGGUAGAACAUACAAAUAAUCCAUGUGUUGUCUUUGUUACAGCUGAUCUAAUAAACACGAUCGAAACUUG